AUGGUUCUCAGCAUUUUGAAAGCAUUAUCCUUCGUCGCCCUGCCGGCGCAUGCUGAGUUUGUCAAUUCCGAACACGCACCUCGCGAUGUGGAAGUGAAGAAUGACUUCGAGCAUCUCGUCAGCUUUGGAGAUAGCUACACUGCACAGCCGUCGACAAAUUCUACUUCCACAUCCACUGGCGGCAGAAUCUGGCCUCGGAUGGUGGCAGACGCUGCAGGAGCGGCUCUGCACAACUAUGCCCGCAGCGGUGCGACAUGCACAAACGAGUACCGGAGUCCUGGUAACUCGGCAUCCUCUACGUCGAUUCUUGAUGAUGAGCUUCCCAAAUUCAAAAGCACAUGGGCAGAUGCGAAUGAUACAGUGUCGGCGAGCCUUGAUCCAUCCACCACGGUAUACAGCAUCUGGAUCGGCACAAAUGACUUGGGCUACAAUGCAUUCAUCAAUGCUGGGAAUCCACCCAGCUACAACAUCACUAGCGUCGUGGAUUGCAUAUGGACAGCCAUGGAUGAGCUGUACUCUUUGGGAGCAAACUAUUUCGUUCUCAUGAAUACGGCCCCACUGCAAUUGUCCCCUGAAUACGGUCUUCCUGAUGCAGGUGGUGUCGGCGACAACGAAUAUUGGGCAUUAAAAACUCAGCAGAAUGUGACAUUGACGUCCUACAUAAUGCUUGAAUUCACAGUCUCUGUUAACUUUAUGCUAGCAUACGGUACACCCUUUGAGCUCCUCGUGCAGGAUCGUUGGCCAAAUGCGACAAUCGCGCUGUUCGACGUGCAUCGCUUAAUGAUGGACAUUUAUGCCGACGGGGCGGCCUAUCUGGACUUUCAAUCCCAAACUAUCUUUUCAUUGCUCCUUUGA